AUGACGAUUGGAUGCCAACUGAACACUGCUACCAGCCUUAAUUUCGACUGGUUUCCUGAUGUGCCGCAAAUCAUAUCCAUUUUUCGAUCGAACAUUACAGGACUGCAAAAUGUCUGUGUGUUUUCUACGUCGAAUGGAGUCUUGAAGGCAGAAAUGUUACCAGCUGAAAAAUUUGAUUCUGAAACCUACACACAUUCCUCCGUCAUAUAUUACCAACCAAAGGAACUGACGCCAAUAAACUUUUAUAUUUGUAAAAAGUCUGGUGUUCGAAACGGAACCUGCCUCAUCCAGUAUAAAAAUGGCACCUUUGCUGGGGAUCACACAAACGUGAAGAGUGACGAUGAUUAUUACAAGGUCACGGGUGCCAUCACGGCCGAACACAUGGACAAAUACGAAUGUUUUGUCAACAUGGACGGGAUUUUUCACUUGUUCUCUGUUGUUCCCAAAAGUAACAUUAACGAGUGUCAAGAAGCGUCGGAUCUUGGAACAAGAUUGUGUCAUGAGAGCAAUUGUGUCGAUGUUUCGCCUGGAUACAGGUGUUCUACCGAUGACUAUUUGGACCUGGAGACUUGCAAAGCUAAACCGGAUUGGUUUUGUCCUCAUACGGCCACCUAUGACUUUAUGUCCAAUGACAACUGCCAAAUCAAUAAAUGUGUAGAAGCCGCCAAUCAAGGUGUCCAAUUGUGCGACGUCGGCUUUGACGAUUGUGUCCAUAUCAAUAUGACGUAUCAUUGUCGCCGCGGGGUCCCUCUGCUGGACAUCUGCAAUUCCGUCAGUCGUGAUCUCAACCUCUCCUGCCCGGAACUCACUCGUGAUACACCCAACUUGGAGCUUUAUGGGAAUACACUACAUCGGAUCACAAAUAAUGCAAAAGUUCUGAACCAGUUCAACCCAAAUUAUUUCCUCCGGCUGGCGAGUAACCUGAGUAAUGAGAAGAUUCUACAGGAGCUGCCGUUGUAUUCUGACUAUGAAAAGCAGUUAAUGGCUUCACGAUUGUUGGAUGCCUUAGUGUCCGCUUUGGAACCGGAGAAAGUUAUUCUGGAUAAGCAUCUUCCAGUUUCUGACGCACCAUUAACAUCUAUUCCCUCAACGAAUACACCGGAUGGAACGGUUAUUUUGGGGGAUAUUUCCGUUACGGAGACAAGUACACCGAGCCACACGCCACCACAGAAAGUGAAGUCAGUGUCACUGACAGAAAAGGCUAAAACGGCCACAAUGAAAGUCAAAUCCGCCGCAGCCGUGUUGCACAUCAUUGCAACCAUUGCCAGACAUAGUGUCGGUGUGCGAAAUAUGCUGGAUACUGGAAGCGCCGAUCGAAAAGGCUUUAAAUUUUUGAGGAUUUCUGCAAAGGACGAGGAGGCGAAGGUCAAUUCCUCGUUCGGUACCUCCAUGGGGCUGAUGAUAUUGGCAGACAAAGGCACUUCAGAUUCCGAUUCCAUCGUCGCAACCGUACCUGCAGCAAAUAUCAAUGCCCAUCAAGAAACAGAGUUGCUAUCGGUGAAGAAAGGAUUUGAGGAUGUUGAGCGCCCUGUUGUUAAUUCGGAUGUCGUCUUGAUUGACACGAUGAAAGGAAAUUCCACAUACAAGCUCACUAUGAACUUGGUCAAGAAGCCUGAAAAUUACCUGAUGUGUCAACAGCUGCAUCAAGACAGAGACACUUUCAGUAGUGAUUGGAGUGCUGAUGAUUGCCAAACAAUUGUGGUCGGUUUACAAUACGAGUGUCGAUGCACUCCACGACAGAGAGGGACUUUUGCAAUUGCGUUGGUUUACUGGAUAGGCGGAUCUGUGAUUCCUACUGAAAAUCUGUUUAUGAUCAACCUGGUCAACUACUUGUUUACAAUCAUCACCAUCGUGGCAUUGUUUCUGUUCCUUAUAUUCACAAGGUUCAUCGGCGUUUUCCGUUUGGACCAGUUCAAUAUCGCAUUCUGUCUUAUGCUCAGUGCCAUUGUAUCGCUUGCGAUCCCACAUGUAACUGAUCAGCAGCCUGUUCCUUGUACCAUGGUAGCAAUCGCUGUGUGCUUCUUCCCAUUGGCUGCCUUCUCGUGGAAAUUCAUAUUCGGACUGAAUACGCUCAUUCUCAUUGUCGCUCCGCAUUGGCGCUACCACGAUCUUAUCUCAAAACAGCACCACUGCAUACCACUCGUAUGGAUCGGAUACCUGAUACCAGCUGUCAUUGUGGGCGCAUGGUUUGGAUACGCUGAAAAAGUCAAUCUGGGGAAACAUUGCAUCGGUCCAGCUAAUCUGCGCUGGGCAUUCAUUGGUCCGAUAACUGCAGUGGUGAUAUUCAACUUCAUCGUCCUUAUCGUGGUCGGUAUCAUUUUGCUGCGAAGUUAUUUGCUGACGCGGAAGAGCCGUUUGAACAAGAGCACACAUCUCUUGGUGCUGACACAACUCAUGCUAACACUGGGUAUUCCAUAUAUCGCUAUAUACAUCCAGUUUUUGGAUGGUAUAUCAAUGUUUAUCAUUGUUCCUGUGGCGAUGGCUCUCACAUCGGUACUCAUGUUCCUACUGGUUGCCGUGAUCGAUGAGGAAAACCGUCAUCGUUUUCGCGUGUUCCUACGAGAUCAUUUCAUCCAACCUUCCUCGUCUUCAACUCAAACCUUCUCAUUUCGUCAAAAAAACGGAACGGCAACUGGGGAUAGUGGCAACGGCAACUACAAUCCAGCGAAGAUAGGGAAUACUUUGCAUGGAAGGCGAUGGAGCUGUCGGGCUCGAAUCGUUGGGGAACAUAUGAAUGAUGAUUGCGCAAAGCGUUUGAAUCAUGAUAAUGUGGACGGACAUCCACUCGAAGACGGUGAAAUGUCUUCAGAAAUCAAAACAAAUCCGAAGACCUUCACACCUGGUUGGCUGCAUCAAACGUCGACAGGUCCAAAAUCGUCCACAGGAGACUCGAUUGUCUUAAGCGAGGAUUCAUUAAGCGCGGUGGCAUUUCGUCGUCUGGCUACUUCCGCAGCAUCCGCUGGGGACACGGGAACUGAGCCACCCACGCCCACACAUGCGAAAGGAGGAUUGGAUUCAAAUUCUACUCUCAAUGCAAGGACUUCACAGAUUGCGCCGUCUGAGAACGAGAAUAUUUUUGCAUCAAAGCUAUGA